UUUGCGCCCAGCCCUACAUCUAGUUAUGUAGUGUGAAUUUUUAGAGUAUUUUUUUUCUUUUUAUUUUUUCCCUUUUCUUUCACAAAUAAAACUUGAUCUGAUUAGGAGGUGUAAAUCCAAUCACAACUUAAUUGAAUUAUCCUCUGAUUAGGGUUUCUUCCUGUUUUAAUUUGCCACCAAUCGUUGUUAUACUGACGAAUCAUGUACGCCAGUAUACGUAUAGCUGAUUUUGCUGUGUAUGAUAAAAAAAUCAAAAUCUAAAAGGUAGAAAAAACUUUUUUUUUUGGGGUUUAAUUUGCGGAGGCAAUUGUGGGUUUUUUAGGGGUCAAUUGUCACUGUAUUAAGAGUGGGGAAAAAAGAGGUGGUAUUACAAGUGAUUGCUGUGGUGGUAUUACAAGUGAUUGAUUUGGGAUCAGGGAAUUUGUGUGAUUUUCUGGUUAAAUAAUUUGGACUUUAGAUUUUUUUUGAAUUUGAAAAAGAUACACUUUUACAGAAAAAAGUUAUAAUUUUCUUUCAUUUUUUUUUUCUUUUUCGCUGGAUCGGUUAAGUAAUGGAUAAGAAAAAGGGUGCUGCUCCCCUUGUUUGCCAUGGUCAUUCUCGUCCGGUUGUGGAUUUGUUUUACAGCCCAAUUACUCCAGAUGGGUUCUUCCUCAUUAGUGCGAGCAAGGAUUCCAAUCCAAUGUUGAGAAAUGGAGAGACUGGUGAUUGGAUUGGAACCUUUCAAGGGCAUAAAGGUGCAGUUUGGAGUUGUUGUUUGGAUAAACCUGCUCUACGUGCUGCAUCUGCAUCUGCUGAUUUCAGUGCGAAACUAUGGGAUGCAUUAAGUGGGGAUGAAUUGCAUUCAUUUGAGCACAAACACAUAGUUCGGGCAUGCUCCUUUUCAGAGGAUACACACCUACUACUCACUGGUGGUUUUGAAAAGAUUCUUCGAAUAUAUGACUUAAACCAACCAGAUGCACCACCAAGGGAAGUUCAUGAUUCUCCUGGUUCAGUUAGAACUCUUGCAUGGCUUCAUAGCGACCAAAGUAUAUUAAGUUCAUGCACGGAUAUCGGUGGUGUGAGGUUAUGGGAUGUCAGAAGUGGAAAAAUUGUCAGAACACUCGAGACCAAGUCAGCUGUAACUAGUACUGAAGUGAGUCAUGAUGGCCGCUAUAUAACAACAGUCGAUGGUUCCACUGUUAAGUUUUGGGAUGCAAAUCACUUUGGAUUGGUGAGGAGUUAUGACAUGCCUUGCAAUAUGGAAUCAGCUUCCUUGGAACCCAGAUUUGGGAAUAAGUUUGUUGCUGGAGGUGAAGACAUGUGGGUUCAUGUCUUUGAUUUUCACACUGGUGCAGAAAUUGCCUGCAAUAAGGGUCAUCAUGGUCCUGUGCACUGUGUCCGGUUCUCUCCAGGGGGUGAAUCUUAUGCUUCUGGCUCUGAAGAUGGGACUAUUAGAAUAUGGCAGAUAUUGAAUCAAAACGAGGAGGAGACAAAUUUGGCAAAUGGACCCAGUGACAAGGUGAAGGAUGAUGCGGCCGAAGAUGUAGCCGAAAUGGUUGAGGGGAUCAAUCUUACCGAAGUAAAGGAGCCUGCUGAAGGAGUGGAGAAAGGCGUCUGACUAUACUCUACAGUACAAGUGUCUUUUGUCUUAAGGUGUUACCUGAUAGGCUAGUUGUGUAUGCCUUGGAUAUUUAUAUAUUAUCGGGCUUUUUUUCAGAAAAAAUAAAAAUAUGUUUUGAA